AUGUAAAAUAGGACUCUGAAUUAGUUUAACAAAAACACAUCAGCAAUGCAGGUGGAAGAACCUGUUGUUAAACCUAUGUUGCCAUGGGUUGAAAAAUAUCGUCCUAACAAAAUAGAGGAUCUUGCAUAUUAAGAAGAGGUGGUUUAGAGUUUGCAAGGAGUUUUGAAAACUGGAAAUCUGCCUCACCUUCUACUUCAUGGACCUCCAGGGACUGGGAAGACAUCCACCAUAAUAGCAUUAGCAAAGCAAUUAUUUGGACCCGAUUUUUGGAGAUAAAGAGUAUUGGAAUUGAAUGCAUCUGAUGACAGAGGAAUCAAUGUUGUCAGGAAUAAAGUCAAAAAGUUUGCAGAAUAAAUAGUGGCCAAAAACCCAAACCCAGGAUUUCUAUGUCCUAGUUAUAAAAUCAUCAUUCUUGAUGAAGCUGAUUCAAUGACUAAUGAUGCUCAAAGUGCUCUCAGAAGAAUCAUCGAAGACUAUGCAACCACAACCAGAUUUUGUAUAAUUUGCAACUAUAUCACCAAAAUCAUUGAACCCUUAGUUUCAAGAUGUGUCAAAUAUAGAUUCAAAUCCAUCCCUGAGAAUGAACAAAUAGAGAGACUCAAGUUUGUUGCUGAUUCUGAGUCAGUAACAUAUAAUUUGGAUGCAUUAAAAUAAUUAGUGGUUGUUUCUGGUGGUGAUCUGAGGAAGAGUGUCAAUAUGCUUCAAAGUUCGUCAACUCUGUAUGAGAAGAGUAUAAACAAAAAGGCUAUUAAUGAAAUAUCAGGAUUCAUACCAGAUGAAUAAAUCGAAGACCUUGUGUCUGUAAUUCAAACUAAGAGUAUAAGAAGUGUUUAGGAGGAAUGCACUAGAGUUAUCCAAUAAGGCUAUAAUAUCGAACAAUUGAUUUUAUAGUUUUUGGAUGUUGUGCUAGCAACAGACACGAUUAAAGAAAAGCAAAAGGCUAAGAUGAUGGAAAUUGCAGCUUAUACUGAGAAAUGUUUAAUCGAAGGAUCAGCUGAGGACUUGCAAAUCUUCAACUUAAUGGCUUAAUGUUAGCGGAUUAUAAAUGAAAAUUGA